AUGCGGUUCCUCCUGAACCAAGUCAUUUUAGGCGAGCCAUUGAGCAAGAAGAAGUUUUGUACCACAUCGAACGCUUUUGAUAAAGAACGCUGGUUUCCGCUGUUUCACAACGACAACGAUGACGACGACGACUUGCAGCUGAAUGAAGGCAGCGGAGAGCCAGAAAUUGCACUGAAGAACAAGAACGAGCAACUCAGUGCAGAAUCGUAUAUGACAAGUGACGUCUUGCGAAAGCAGGACAUGUACGAGGUGUGGGCGAAAGAAGAGAUCGGUGCUGAUGUUUUAAACGGCUCACGUUCAGAGACAGUAUCGCCGAGACAGUAUUUGUAUGGGCAGAGUUCAGCAAUCGCUUCAAGUACUCUUUAA